GUCAAAUGCGAUCGCCAGGAUCCAUGUAUGAACUGUGUGGAUGCAAAGGCUGAUUGUCUUCGCACACGUCACGCCAGAGUCCAUCGCCCGAGAGUUUCUCGGUUUGUUCCACACCAGAGAUUGCGCAUGACAAUUGACCAACUGAUAUUGAAUAGUCUAGAUGCAUUAGCUGAGAGACUUGCGAAGUUGGAAAGAUCAAACACAGCUGAAACCGCAACCUCUGCAUCGCCUCCAUCAGGGAAUGCAAAUCAUGAUGGUACUUCGACUGCACCAUCGUCUCCAGGAACAACUCAUUAUGAUACCUCUAGGCCGUUCCCGUCUACCAAGAGAAAGUUCUAUGUAGCGCCCAUACCUAGCGAAGCCAGUCCAUCCAGGCAACAGGAUAAAAAGCGUCGAGUCUCGCAGAGUGUUCAUUCGCAAGUCCACGCUGAACACCACUCUUCAGAGUCAACUCGUCACGCCAGUGAGGCAAGAGAGUAUAUUGAAAACGAGCUGCAAUGCAAUCCCGCUCUUUCACAGGACAGGCGAACUGCCCUCGAAAUGGCGCGCAGGUUUGUCGGUCAGCUAUCCAACCCGGGCUUGCAGCGCCAAGAAAAUCCUACCUGCGAAGAGCUAGAUGUUGAAGAGAAUUUGGCACGACCAAAUCUCACACCGGAAUUACUGUACAUGAUGUUACCUGGGCCGGAUAGGAAAACCAAUUCUCAAGGAACGCUUGUGUGGCCAGACCAUAUCUCUGAUAAAACCCUUGAAAGAAUGGGGUUGGCUAUUAUGGAGCGUAGUGAGAGUGAACAGGUGCUUCAGCUGUAUCGGAUCAGUGUAUGGAUCAAAGCCUUUUCCUGCAUAUCAAAAUUGGCACCGUUGAUAUCCAGCGAGCAUUUGAAGGCUCACUUCAGGAGAUUGAAGAAACAAUAUGAGGCUGGAGCUAUCGAGGAGCUCAAUUCAAUUCCACUAACGGCUUCUCCAAGCCUACCACUGCUACAGGCGCUCCUGUCAGGUAAACGGUUGAUGCAGUAUUUGGGCAACAUGUCCCGCUGUUGGAUGUUCACAGCUCUGGCAUCCAAGGUCAUCAUUGCCUUGAACUAUCAUAACAUUACCGACACUGUACCCCGGAAUGAAGUGGAAGAAGAGAUACACGCCUGUGUAUACACAUGUUACUAUUUCGACAAGACACUCAGUCUGCUUCUCCUUCGGCCACCAUCGUUACCUGAGCUGAAGGUUGAGCCAACAAGAUUGAUGCAUUUGGACCCAGACUUACCUACUACGCCCAUGAUAACCGGUAUUGUCGAAUUCGCAUGUCUUAAAAAUACCUUGCCCAACAUCCUGCUGGAUACGAAAGAGAUGGGUGAUAUAGAAAAAGCCAAUGCCUUGUCUGAUCUUGUUGUCCGUGCCCAGGCAAUUCAUUCCAAUCUCCAAAUGCAUCGCAACCGCCAGGAAUUAGAGUUUCCUGCCUCGUGGAGAAUCUUAAGCCGCGAAUGGCUGUCUAUGGACUUCAACUAUUAUUCCAUCUUGACCACUAUUAUCCGCGCACGGUCAUCAGUGCUGAAAUCGCGCUUGGUUUGCGAAGAGUGCCUCUACGCGGCUCGCAAGGCGUUAAUGACACUUCGUGCUUUGCAAGAAGCCUUCUCUGGGAACGCCACGUCCGUGGAUUCAUAUCCAUAUUUCCUCACAUGGACGAUGUUACUUGUUCCCCUCUCGCCGUUCUUCGUCCUCUUUUGCAAUGUUGUUGCGACGUCAGACCACAGGGAUUACGAAAUGAUAAGGAAGAUCACAGAUGACCUUCGGCAGUUCGCCAAAGCAAAUGCGUCCAUCGGCAAACUGUGCGCGCUAUUCGCAAAGUUCCUUGAUUUAUGUGCGCCGUUGGUCAAGCUUAAUCCUGCUGGUGCAGUUGAGCAACCAGAUGCUUCCCAGAAUGGAGAUCAUAACACAGAGCGGCGAUCCCUUGGCCAAUUGAGAUCUUCCUAUCCAGAUGUGCUACACCAAGAUGCGGGCCAUUUUCCCAAUACGCUUCCAAGCCCACAAACCAGUAGCGAGGCUUUUGGCGUGCCUCCCUCGGUCGAGGGGUGGGAUGAUAGUCUGAUUUGGGAGUUGUUUGAUAACCAGCCGUCGCUGGGAUGGGCAGAUUCGGAGUUGUGGAGUGCCAUGACACAGCUGUAA